CCUCCUCCCUCGUCCCUUCUCUCGCCGCCGCACCCAAACCCUAACUCCACUCCUCUCCCCCAAUUCAUAUGCACUCCUCGCAGCCGCCACCUACCUCCUGCUCCCGAUUCAGCCAAUCCCGCCGCCAGCGCCCAUGUGCCACCACCCGCUCCUCCUCUCCUACCAGAUCGCGCCGCCACCUCCCUCCCCAUCCCCUCCUGGAUCUCUCCCUCGGUAAGCCACUGGCGAGCCCCUCUUCUGCCCGCGCACGCAUAGCCCCACCACCGUAUACCACCCGCAUCACCACCACCAUUCUACUUCCCCUUACCCACACGACAUCACAGAUCACCACCCCCUCCCCAACCCAGAUCCCGAGCCCAUCGCCCAUGGCGACCGCCUUCGACUCACCGACCUUGUCCCCGGCUGCCGCGCCCUUCCAUGAUGACCCCUUCCUCAGCUUCACCGGCGGCGGGGCCCGGACGGCUGACUUCCAUGUCUCCGGGGGUGGCAACGACUUCCCGGCCUCCCCCGACCCCUACGCCUUCCGCCACGACUCCGCCGCCACAAGGGAAGGAAGGGAGAGGUGGCGCCCCCCCCCUUUGGGGGCCGACAAGGGCUUCCUCCUCCGUGAUUGGCGCCAGGACGUUGAUACGACUCUAGCUUGGACACUACAAGAGGAAGAUGCUACCCGUGCAAGAAUAGCUGCGAGAGAGGGCCAAUCUAGUUCUGCACUUCUUGUUCCACCACGAGCAGGGAGCAGAAGGCGCAGCCAGUGACCAGCAAGCGCAUGGGUGGAGCAGGUGGUGACGGAGAGCGGCCGGAGACUGCUAGUGGUGAGCGGCGAUGGCAACCUCGAGACCAGCAAGUAGGCGACAGCGGCCUCAUUGUGAAGUGGCUGAAAUCAACUUGAGGCGGUUUAAUUUUCGAAAUUCUUGGAAAUUCUUUGGUAGUUUCUUUCAGCGAGAAACUGUUUCACACUGAAGUUUACUGGUACAUGUGUGGUUUGCUAUUGUUGUUUCGUUUGGGUUGGGUUGGGUUGGUUCCAGCGGGGAGAUGUGCACAUACACUGGUAGCAUGAGCUAGCAGACAUGAUUGCCAGCCAGCCAUCACCAGGUAAAUGUAAUGCUUCUCCAACCGAGCAAUGUCGAACUUAGCAAGCUGGGUGGCCCUGACAUUCUUGGAACCGAGCAAGUGAACUACUAUUCUGUAUUUUAUAAUAUGUUCCUAUUAUGCAUGACAUAGGCUUGAUGAAAUCUUACUCUUUUAAUCACAAUAGCAUAGCAGUAACAUGUUAUAACAUUGGAUGAAGAAAAGCAUAUGUAAUAAGUUCUUUCAUGUUUAAUUACCUCAAUUGUCAAUCAGUGUUUGGUGUUGUAUACAUUUUCUGCUAUCAAUCGACUACAAUAGUCAUCUGUAUGCUUGGGACUUGCAUAUAUUCUGCUGCACUUGAAACAUCAACAAGUAUUUUUCCUUGUUUUUGGAACAAUUGGUGAACUUCAUAUUCCUGAAUAUAUGCAUUACUAUUCGGUAUAGAUCUAGGCGGCUCUUUGUAUUUACAGCUCCUUAUCAUGUCCCUCUAAUAUUUCUGUAGGUGGCCAUGAACUUAGUAAAUCAUUAGGAAAUGCCUUUGCUGCAGCUCACCUAUGGCCUUGUUUGUCCUGCAGGUUAGUGAGCAACAUUAGGAGGAGGAGCUCAAGCAGGCACCAUAAAGUUUUAAUUGCAAGGAUGGGAGGUGGAUGCCCGCACGGAUCCGGCGUCUCCGACCUCGGCAUCCACAAGGAGGAGCGGCGACAACCCUGGACCCGUUCGCUGGUGUUGUUGAUCCUGCUUGGACGGGCAUGCUGCCUCUUCCAUGUGGAUUACAUGACAGCCAUGGUGAGCUCUCUGCUCCCUGCAUCUUAUAGUAGUUGGCCUGAGAUUAUAGUUGGGCUGGAAAUGAACUUCUCCAGUUUGAUUUGUAAGAUAUAAUACCAGUCUAAAUCAGUGGAUCAUGGGUGAUAUGAGAUUCUAACUAAUUACUUAAGUUUGUUUCUUUAACCAUAUGUGUAAGUAAAAUCCUGAUUCAUUGGAUUUUAACAAUGCAAGCUCUACCAUGAGUCAUUCAACAAUUACAGGAUAUUGUGACUUUA